AUGUGCUUUCUGACUAUUCUGCACAAGCUUUUGACUCUCGUGAAAAACGCAAUGGCUGCUGAAGUAAUACAAGAAGAACGCCUUGAUGUCCUUACAAGAACUGGGGAGAAAACCGGCAUCUCUAAGCCCAGGGGAGAAGUCCAUAGAGAUGGUGAUUACCACAGGGCUGUUCAUGUGUGGAUAUUUUCUGAGGGCACACAAGAACUGCUCCUUCAGCAACGUGCUGAAUGCAAAGAUUCAUGGCCUGGUCUGUGGGAUAUUUCUAGUGCUGGUCAUAUUUCUGCUGGAGAUUCAUCUCUUGUCACAGCCAGGAGGGAACUUCAUGAGGAGCUUGGUAUUAUACUUCCGAAGGAUGCAUUUGAACCGCUAUUUGUUUUUCUUCAAGAGUGCGUCAUAAACGAUGGCAAUUUCAUUAACAAUGAAUACAAUGAUGUGUAUCUUGUUACGACACUAGAUCCAAUUCCUUUGGAGGCCUUCACUCUUCAGGAAUCUGAAGUUUCAGCUGUUAAAUAUAUCUCAUUGGAGGAGUAUAGAAGCUUGCUUGCUAAAGAAGAUCCUCAAUAUGUUCCCUAUGAUGUAAAUGAUCAAUACGGUCAGCUCUUCGAAAUAAUUUCGAAAAGGUACAAACAAAAAGACGAGGCACGUAGCUUGACUCUCCAAAAGCAGCUGAAUCGUUAUGCUCGUAUCUCCCUUAAAGCAGAGUUGAAGGGGCUCAGCGAUUCAGACAAGGAAGCUCUAAAGAUGCUUGUUAAAGCUGCUAAAAUCAUGGAUGAAAUUUUCUGCCUGCAGGUUUGGUACAGCAACCCCUCUUUAAGAGACUGGUUAGAGCAGAAUGCUGAUAAAUCCCAGUUGGACAAAUUGAAAUGGAUGUAUUAUCUAAUCAACAAAAGUCCAUGGUCUUGUUUAGAUGAAAAUGAGUCAUUUUUGACUACUGCAGACUCAGCUGUGAAGUUUCUUUCUGAAGCUACAAAGCCGGUAGCUGGUUGGAAGGGCAUCAACUAUAGAACAGCAUUUCCUAUUCCAAAACCGCCUGGUGCAAAUUUCUAUCCUCCAGAUAUGGACAAGAUGGAAUUUGAGCUUUGGAAAAACAGUCUUCCUGAAGAUAAAAGGACAGAAGCUAUAGACUUUUUCAAUGUUAUUAAAAGGAAAAGUGAAGCGAUGCUGGAUAACUCACUAUCCCACUAUACACCAUCUAGCACUAGUGACACGCAUGAUCUAUAUGUUGUCCCUUUCUCUGAAGAAUAUAGUUCUUUCCUUGUAAGAGCUGCUGAUUUACUUCAUAAAGCUGGGGACUUGACUAGCUCUUUUAGUUUGAAGAAGUUCUUGCACAGUAAGGCCGAUGCCUUCCUAUCAAAUGAAUACUAUGAUUCAGAUAUUGCUUGGAUGGAAUUGGAUUCUAAGCUUGACAUAACUAUUGGCCCAUAUGAGACGUAUGAAGACACACUUUUUGGAUACAAGGCUACUUUUGAGGCAUUCAUUGGAAUCAAGGACGAUAAGGCAACUGCUCAACUUAAACUGUUUGGUGAUAAUCUGCAGGUUUUGGAGAAGAAUCUUCCAAUGGACGAUAUUUAUAAGUCAGAAGAUGUGAUCGCGGCACCUAUUCGGGUCAUCCAGCUUGUUUAUAAUGCUGGGGAUGUGAAGGGCCCUCAAACUAUUGCAUUUAAUCUUCCAAAUGAUGAACGCAUAGUCAAAGAUAGAGGAACAUCUAUGGUUAUACUCAAGAACGUUUCAGAGGCAAAGUUCAAACUUAUUCUUCAGCCUAUAGCGGAUGUAUGCAUAGCAAAUGAACAACGGGAACUUGUAGACUUUGACUCUUUCUUCACUCACACCAUAUGUCAUGAGUGCUGCCAUGGAAUUGGACCUCAUACUAUAACACUUCCAAAUGGACAAAAGUCUACUGUGAGAUUGGAGUUGCAAGAACUUCACUCCGCUUUGGAAGAAGCUAAAGCCGACAUUGUUGGCCUCUGGGCCAUAAAUUUUUUAAUUAGCAAGGAUUUUUUUCCGAAGACAUUAGUCAAAUCCAUGUAUGUUUCUUUUCUGGCGGGAUGUUUCCGCUCAGUACGUUUUGGCUUAGAGGAAGCUCACGGGAAAGGGCAGGCACUGCAGUUUAACUAUUUAUUUGACAAAGGUGCCUUCGUCUUACACCCUGAUGGAACUUUCUCUGUCGACUUUGAUAAGGUUGAAGGUGUGGUUGAGAACUUGAGUCGGGAGAUUCUCACGCUGCAAGCACAAGGUGACAAACCCGCAGCACACAUGCUUCUUUCAAAGUACUGUUUGAUGACUCAACCAUUGAAAUGUGCACUUGAAAAACUGGAAAGGAUUCAGGUUCCUGUGGACAUUUAUCCUGAUUUCCCCAUAGCUGACCAAAUUCUUCGCAAUAGUCUCUGA